CAGUACUUUAUCAAGCAGUUAUAAUACCUACAUAAGCUGAAACGUCUUUUGCAAAGUGAGAGCCUGUUAACGUUUAUCGGGUACUUUCACGGUUGAUCCGGGUAGGAGAUGACACUCCGGCAGCCUUAUUUACGCAGAAUUCUCAGCGGACUACGGUGUUGCCAGUGUGAGAUAGCCGACUUUGGCGCGGGUUCGUCGUACGAUCGUGCUCCAGAUAAAAAUCAUCCGAAUCAGGAGAAAUGAAUUUGACAGUGCCAGCACCGAAUAUAACAGACCGCCAGUUCGUGAAACCAUUGCUAUGUGGACCCGGCCCGUGUGAUCUGCUACCAUCAGUUGUGGAGGCUUUGACAAGGCCAACCCUGUCGCCAAUAUGUGAUGAACUAUUUAACGUAUUAGAUGAUAUUCGCACGGGUAUCCAGUACAUGUUUCAAACCCGCAGCAACACUGUGCUGGCUGUGAGCGGGUCAGGACAUUUGGGAAUGGAGACGGUCAUCACCAACCUGGUGGAGCCUAACGAAACGUUGCUAAUAGCCAGUCGGGGCAUCUGGGAUGAAAGGGCCUUGUUAAUAGCAAAGCGACGCGGUAUUAAAACUGUGGUAACUAAGGUUCCUUACACGGACACAUUCAGCUUCGAUCACUUAGAAGCCAUGCUGAAAAAAGUACGACCAACAGCCCUGUUCAUUACACACGGGGACUCGUCUACUGGUUCCAUGCAGAAAAUCGAAGGUCUCGGAAAACUCUGUCAUAAAUACGGCGCUUUACUUCUUGUGGAUACUGUGGUGUCUAUAUCCGGUGUACCCUUCCUUAUGGACGAAUGGGAAGUCGAUGGGGUGUACACUUCCACACAGAAAGCUCUCAGUGGGCCCGCUGGUAUUUCACCAGUAGCAUUCAGCGCUAGAGCAGAGGAAAAAAUUAACAAGAGGAAGUCUGAAACACCAUUUUAUUAUGACAUCAAAUUGUUGGCUGUGCAGUGGAACUGCUACGGCACGAAAAAGUACCACCACACGCUAAGUUCUCCGUUGCUCUGGGCUCUCCGUUGCUGUCUUCAAGAGCUGGCGAAAGAGACCCUUCCCGUAUCCUGGGAACGUCAUGCGACUGUCACCGCCCAUUUUCUGAAACGACUGCAGGAACUGCCUGUGCAGUUGCUAAUACCUAAGCCAGAAGACCGCCUCGCUACCGUCACUACGGUCGUCCUGCCCAGAGGAUAUGAUUACAUGGAAUUCGUGAAAUAUAUGAGGGAAAAGCACAAUAUUCUUAUCUUUGCCGGUCUCGGACCGACAGAAGGGAAAGCGCUUCGAAUCGGCAUCAUGGGAUGCAAUUCGUCCUUUAAAGUGGCAGAUGCAAUCGUUGAUGGGAUGGCGGACACCUUGAGGGCCUUAAAAAAAUCUUCAUUGUAAACAGUUACACAUUUAAUUUUAUUUAGUAUGUAAGAUACAUUUUAUUAAUAAACGAGCUUUGUGAAGUUACGAAGUGUUUUAUUCACAUAAUUAAUUUUCUUUUUAUUUGGAAUGUGGUAAGAAAGGAAAAAGAACUAAAAAAUAAACUUUU